UUCAGACUUCAUGGAGAUCUUAGCUAACGAAAAGGGUCGGAAACGGCGUUUGUUUAGCAACAAGCUGCGUAGUACGACUUUUUUCCUUAGAUUCAGAAAGAGCCAAAGAACCUUUUAGAAUCUUUUCGGAAAAUGUAUUUUCGGUUUAAAUUCUAACUCAUCAGCGGCAUUGCUGAAGCAGAAUCGGCUGACACUUCUAACUGCGCAAGACAGUAGACUAAGGUCCCUCUCUAUGAUGAGAAAAGGUCAUUCUUACGGCGCUUGUUUAAUGAAACUCAAUCUCUAUAAGCGUGACCACCUGCACGGAUUCUAUAAGUGUGUUGUUAUUGUUUUUGUUACGCUUCAGUUUUCAAAUGUAAAUCAUUGGAUACCUUUUUUUUAUUUUUCAUUCUAAGGUGAUGAAAAUAAUAAACACUGCUGCAGUACAGGUCAUCAAUUGAGAGCAUUUGCCGGUAUAAAAUUUGAAAUAACAAAUGAAGCCAGUUUAUAUCAAUGUAAUGAAAUUGAUGAUAAUAAUCAUAUUGUUGUUAAAGGUGUUAGGAAAAAAUGGAAUGAAAUGAAAUUAGAUUAUCAAAUAUGGGAUUUUGAUCUAUUAAAAACUUGUGAUGAAUCCGCUAAACUUAAAAAUCGCGGCUUACGAUUUAAUGAAUUAUCAGAAGACGAACGAUUAGAUAAUGAAGCAACUGUUAACAAAAAAGCAGUUCGUUUUGGAAAUAAUGCCGAUGGGCUAGAGACUGGUGUUGAUCUAGGUGGUCUUACACUGCAACCUGGUAUGUAUAAAUUUGCCAGUACAGCAUCAAUAGCUGCACCCAGUGCUCAGUUGACAUUAAGUGGUUCGGGAGUGUUCAUAUUUCAAAUU